CCUCAUUACGGACAUCGUGUGAAAUAUACCGGAAUUAUACCCAUUUCCGAGGUGUUACCACGGCGCCAAGCCAACACAUCAUGCACGGUAUGGACGCCGAUAUAAAGGAGUUCCCACACCAGUGUGCUUUACGAUUCUCCGGAAGUCCGUCCUGCGGCUGCGUCAUUAUUAGUCACCAGAAGGUCAUUACUGGGGCUCACUGCGUACACGGCAGAACAGCCAAUCAGCUGACAGUGUACUAUGGUUCGACCAAUAGAAUCAGCGGUGGUACUGAACUGCCAGUGGCAGACUAUCGAGAGCACCCCGACUUCCUGGGGAACGACGAACCUGACCACCCUGGCGGCUACCUGGCCAACGACAUCGCCGUCGUCACUGUUGGCGGGACGAUCGUGUUUGAUGACAACGUCAACAUGGUAUCGCUAGCGGGACCCACUGAUGGAGACUUCAGCGGAACGGCCUGCAACAUCUCAGGAUGGGGCAGAACAGACCUUAUCAGCGCCCCGCCAACGGACUUGAAACGAGCUGAAGUGAACGUGUUGACACACGUUGAGUGUGAAAACUAUUUUGAGAACACUACAACUCGAGUUGGCGCGAACCCGCACGUGUGUGUGUUUUCAGAAAAUUCCGGAGCGUGCAAUGGUGAUGACGGCGGACCUCUGACCUGCUACUCCAGUAGACUGGCGACAAACAUACUGGUGGGCGUUGCGUCGUGGUGGUCGACGCUGUUCAACGCCUGUGACUACACCUUCCCCAGCGUCUACACCAGGAUCAGCAGCUACAGAGACUGGAUCGAAAACCCGCCGCAAGCUUAAGGUGGAUGAGACAGGAUAGUCGGUGUUGUUUCAGGCUGUUAGCAGACGUCAAAAUAACAAAACAUUUAUAUAUUCAGUGUCACACCUAUUAUUGAAACAACAUAUGGAAUAAAUAUUUUUAAAAUGUUAUUAGUUUUAAAUUGGUUUAUCAACUAUUAGAAGUUUACAGCGUAACCUGAGUGACAUGUGUAUAUAUGAAGAACUAGACGUGAUGUUUACCAGAAUGAAUUUACCACGUGUUAAUAAAUCGAUACUGAACAAAACCACGAUUACGGCAGCUACGUGAUUAAAUUGAUCGCGAUGAUAUACAA